GAACGCGUGUAGCCCAGGUAGGAUCGAGAAGAGAUGAAGCGAGUGGCGAUUGCUCUGUCUGGCGGCGUGGACUCACUGGUAGCGGCCAUUCUCCUGAAGAGAAGCGGAGCGUCGCUUGUGGGCGUGUUUAUGAGGAACUGGGAGGAGAGGGACGAGGGACGCGGGCAGCGCUGCACGGCAGAGGCCGACUACUCUCGCGUCAGGGACAUCUGUGCGGCUCUGAACAUUCCCUGCGCUCUCGCCGAUUUCGUCAAGGAUUACUGGAAUGACGUAUUCAGUCAUUUCGUACAGGCCUACGAGCAAGGCCACACCCCCAAUCCGGAUAUACUGUGCAACAGACACAUCAAGUUCAGUGCAUUACAUCGCUACUGUUGUCAGCAUUUGGAUGCCGACGUCAUAGCAACCGGUCACUAUGCCAGAGUGGAAAGAGAUGAAGCAGGGAAAGCGAGGCUAAAGGUGGCGACAGACAGCUGCAAAGACCAGACCUAUUUCCUUUCGCAAGUGCCCCAAGUGUCUCUGGCCAGGAGUGUGUUCCCAGUGGGUGGACUGAGGAAAGAAGAGGUGAGAGAGAUCGCCUCCCAGGCUGGGUUUACCCACGUGGCCAGACGGAAAGAGAGCGUGGGACUUUGCUUCAUUGGAAAGAGAGACUUUCCCCAGUUUAUCAGUGAAGUGAGCUCUAUCACAAGACAGAUAGAAUUUCUUCCUCUCCAUCUCCUCUCUCCAUCUCCUCUCUCCGUCUCCAUCUCCAUAUCUCUUCUCUCCUCUCUCCAUCUCCUCUCUCCAUCUCUCCACCUCCUCUCCCCCGCCCUCAUACUGCUGCAGUACAUAGAAGAACGACAUGGUAGAUUUGUUACUCUUGAAGGGCGGCAACUCGGCUGGCACAGAGGUCACCAUCUGUUCACAGUUGGACAACGAGCUCGCAUCGGUGGACAGUCUCAACCUCUCUUCGUGGCCGGGAAAGAUGCCGCGGAAAACACAGUUACAGUCGUGGAAGGUACUCACCAUCCGGGUCUCUACAUCUCCUCCUUCACCACCUCCCCUCCCCACUGGAUAUCUGAUAACCCCCUCGUUACUGGGGGUUCCCUCCCAUUUCGGUGUAGAUUACGACAUCGUCACCAGGCACCCCUCGUUGAUGUGGAGUUAGUUGAAGACAAGGAAGGUUUGCAAGUGACGUGCAGCAACCCUCUUCGUGCAGUGGCCCCUGGCCAGUACGCAGUGUUCUACAGUGGAGAGGAGUGCCUGGGAGGAGCCUGUAUCACGGCAACCAGUCCAUCACUAUGGCAACUAGAACCCAAAUCAAUGUUCACAAACAAAAUCAUGCAAAUAAUUUUACUGCAAAAUGGAUAACAAUGAUGGCGAUGAGAUACUGAUGAUUAAAAAAUGUGGUUGUAUAAUGUGGAUGGUUAUUGGGAAGAUAUGGUUGAGGUCAAAGGUCACAGCGUUCAAUUUCAAAAAGUUCCCCAAUGACAGGGGACACGUCAGUAACAGGUGAAGAGGAACCAGAACAUUGGGUCUCCUCGCAUCGUCUGGCGACACUCUUCCCCGUUGUGGCAAGGGUUAGGGUCCAGACACGGGUUCUUUUUAUUGCCACAGUGAUGACCUUUGAACCCCGGCAGACAGCUGCACUUGUAGGAGAGUUUGUGUCUCCCUUCUUCCCUUGUAGUGGAGCAAGUCCCGCCGUUAAGACAGGGGGAGGA